AAAAAUGUCACAAAACAAAAUCCAGUGGGUUAGGGUUUUGGGAUUCUUCUCAUAUAAGAAGAUUAGUGGAAGCCGCCAUCGUUCAGCAGCUUCAGCCAUUGUUUCCCGCAUUUCCAUCUUCAGGUACUUGGUGGUUUCAUAGUGUUUCUCCAGUGCUUAAAAAACUUAGCAAAUAUGCAGAAUGAAGAAGGGCAGAACAUGGAUCUUUAUAUCCCACGGAAAUGCUCGGCCACUAACAGGCUGAUCACUUCCAAGGAUCAUGCCUCCGUCCAGAUCAACGUUGGUCAUGUGGAUGAGAGUGGCAGAUAUACCGGUCAAUUCUCAACUUUUGCUCUUUGUGGUUUCAUUCGCGCCCAGGGUGAUGCUGACAGUGCGCUCGAUAGGCUGUGGCAGAAAAAGAAAGUUGAAGCCCAACAACAGUAAACAGGAAUUUUAAUGACAAGAUUGUUUUUUUUGAAGUUUCUUUAAAAUAGUCUGAGAAUUAUCAGUGUUACCUAUAACAUUUGAAGAUGUGCAGUUGAAGUUUCACGACACAUCUAUCUAUAAUCUAUAAGUAUUGUUGGAUGGUGGGGAUGUGCACAACAUCCCCUGCUGCUGUGUGGCAUUUUAUCAAUGAAAGUUUGCCUUUUGUCUUAUAUCACAAUGUAAAGUAAAUGAAAGUACUCCGUAUUGUUUAGUAA